UUUAAGAAUUAUAAUACUUCUCAUAUCUAUUAGGCUUUUUAAGAACACGCAGACAUGAAAGUAGCCAAUAAAACGCAUCUGUUACGACCUUCCAACUUAAGCCAAAUCAGAUUUGUUUUUACAACAGAUUUGGAGCAUACAGGAUACAAGGAACAUCUUCAAGGAGUUUAGGAGGAACAACUGAUUGUUUCUCUCGGAACAGGGGCAAGGAUUGAGAUUGCUUGUUUUUCUGAGGCUUACAGGAGAAGAUUAGAUUUGACUUUCGUUUUCGAAAUAUACUAUGGGGCUUGCAACAACUAUAGGUAAAUAUCAGCUAGGUAGAACUAUUGGAGAAGGUACCUUUGCCAAAGUCAAGCUGGCUGUGGACACCACCAACGGUCAUCAUGUUGCCAUCAAGAUUAUCGAUAAGGCCAUGGUGCUGGAAAGCAAUCUCAAGUAUCAGGUACAAAGCGAGAUACGGACCAUGAAGCUUCUACAUCACCCCAAUGUUGUAAGAAUACAUGAGGUUAUUGGCUCCAAGACGAAGAUAUACAUAAUAAUGGAGUACAUAUCAGGAGGGCAACUUUCAGACAAAUUGUCUUAUGCCAAAAAAUUGAGUGAACCAGAGGGAAGAAAAAUUUUCCAGCAAUUAAUAGAUGCAGUAGACCAUUGCCAUGGAAAAGGAGUCUACCACAGAGAUCUAAAGCCAGAGAAUUUGCUUUUGGACAGUAAGGGAAACCUUAAAGUAACUGAUUUUGGACUGAGUGCUUUGAGGAAGCCAGGAGAUAUGCUAACUACAGCGUGUGGCUCGCCAUGCUACGUAGCACCAGAGCUACUUGCAAAUAAGGGCUAUAAUGGAGCAGCUGCUGAUAUUUGGUCUUGUGGUGUCAUCCUUUUCGAACUACUUGCUGGCUACUUACCAUUUGAUGAUCGUAAUCUUGUUGUUUUAUACAAGAAGAUAUCUGGAGCACAAUACACAUGUCCGCCAUGGUUUACAGGACCUCAGAGGAAGCUGAUUGCGCGAAUACUUGAUCCGAAUCCAAAAAGGAGGAUAACAAUUCCAGAAAUCACUGAAGAUGCAUGGUUUCAAACAGAUUAUACGCCUUCGUGCGGCUAUGAAUACGAAGAGAAAAUAGACCUGGAUGAUGUUAGUGUCACCUUCGAUACAGUUGAGGAACAAAACGCAGAGAUGAAGACCCAGAAAUUCUCAAAUUUCAUAAAUGCAUUUCAAUUGAUAGCAAUGUCACAUGAUCUGGAUUUAUCAGGUCUCUUUGAAGGGCAGGAUGGCAAAAGGCAGAGAACCACAAUUGGAUCCAAGCAUACAGUUAAUGAAACCAUAAAGAAAAUAGAAGCCGCUGCAAUGGAUGUGAGUCUGUCGGUUGAAAGGAUGAAUAGUUUCAAGAUGAAAAUUCAUCCAAAACAGAAGAUGACUAGAUGUUGUAGAUCAUCGUAUGACCUAUCAGCUGAGGUAAUUGUGGUUGCUCCUACAAAUUGUGUUGUAGAAAUAUCAAAAUCGGCAGGAGAAAUAGCAGUUUACAAAGAGUUCUGCAAGAGUUUGUCAAGUCUGCUGAUAGAGAAAUCAGAUGCCUCAUCACAAAUUCAAGGGUCCAAGACAGUCACCAACAGCACUAGUAUUCUAAUGAAUGAAUGCUCCAAAGAAGAAAAAGACAGAACAGAAGACCAGCGAGGAUAUUUCUCCUCAUGAAGAUCGGGUUAAUUAAUUUAGUUUCAACUUCCAUCCUUUCAGUAUCCUGAGUAAAUUCCCCAGGAUUAAUAGAGACUCGUGAACACAAUCUGUCUCAACAGCAGGAACUAUGAGAACUCAAAAUUACUGCUCUUGGGCAUCAUUCUUCACCCAAUACGAAGUUCAAACAACGUCAUCUGCACAGCUAUGUUCAUAUUUUAUGUGAAGUUUUUGUCCUUUUACUUCCUCCUCUCUUAAAUUAUACACUGCACCAUAUGCUUCCAAGAUGUAUAUUAGAGGUUAUGUUGGAACAAUGAACAAGGAUGAAAGAAACAAAACAAUUUCUUGAGCUUUAAGGCUCGAUA